AUGGCGCUCGCUGCCGCCGCGGCCGCCGCUGCCGCCGGGGUGAGCCAGGCCGCGGUGCUGGGCUUCCUGCGGGAGCGGGGCGGCCGGGUGCCCAGCGCCGAGCUGCUGAGCCGCUUCAGGCCGCUGCUGGAUGCCGGCGACCCGCGGGGACGCGCCGCCCGCAGGGACCGCUUCAAGCAGUACGUCAACGACGUGGCCGUGGUGCAGGAGCUCGACGGCGUCAAGUUCGUGGUGCUGCGGAAGAAGCCACGGCCCCGGGAGGGACCCGAGCUCCUGCCCGCCGGCACCCCCGGGGUACCGGGCUCGCUGUCGAACACCCCCUCCGUCUCGCCGGGGGAAAACUCUGCCCCGCAAGCUCCAGACUUGGCCUCGGCACAGCGGGCGGUGGACCCACCAGGGGACCCGGCCCGGGCACCAGAGCCACAGGACGCCCCCGCGGCUCCGGCCCCUGAGCCCACCCAGCGCCCCGGGGAGCUGCUGUUGGGCUCGGCCCCGCAGCCAGCGGGCCCCGCCGACCCCCGGGCGCCCGCCUUGGCGCCCGCCCAGCCCGCGGAGGGGCUCCCGGCAGACGCGGCCCCGCCGUCCAGGGCACCGUCGGAGGCGGUCUCACUCCGGGUAGAGCCGCCGGACCCCGACGCUGCGCCCGGGGCAGCGCAAGGGCCACCGCCACCCGCUCCGCGCGCGCCGCCGCCGAAGCCCAGCGCGCUGCGGCUCCGCGCGGAGGAGCAAGGGCUGCGGCGGCAGCUGUCGGAAGAGCCGAGCCCGCGCGGCUCCCCGCUGCUGCUGAGGCGGCUCUCGGUGGAGGAGUCGGGCCCGGGGCUCAGCCUGGGCCCCGGCCGCUCCCCGCACCUGAGGCGCCUGUCGCGCGCCGGCCCGCGUUUGCUGAGCCCGGACACCGAGGAGGCGCCCGCCGCGCCGCCGCCGUCCGCGGUGCCCCUGGAGCCGUCCGAGCACGAGUGGCUGGUGAGGGCGGCCAACGGCCGCUGGAGCCACCAGCUCCACGGGCUGCUGCUGCGCGACCGCGGCCUGGCGGCCAAGCGCGACUUCAUGUCUGGCUUCACAGCCCUGCAUUGGGCCGCCAAGAGCGGCGACCGCGAGAUGGCGCUGCAGCUGGUGGCGGUCGCGCGGCGGGGGGGCGCGCCCGUCGACGUGAACGCGCGCUCGCACGGCGGCUACACGCCGCUGCACCUGGCGGCUCUGCACGGCCACGAGGACGCCGCCGUGCUGCUCGUGGUGCGCCUGGGCGCACAGGUGCACGUGCGUGACCACAGCGGGCGGCGAGCUUACCAGUACCUGCCGCCUGGCGCCUCCUACGCGCUGCGCCGCCUGCUCGGCGACCCGGGCGUGCGGGGCACCACGGAGCCCGAUGCGACCGACGGCGGAGGCGGCAGUCUUGCGGCCCGGCGCCCCGUGCAAGUCGCCGCCACCAUCCUCAGUUCCACGACGAGUGCGUUUCUGGGCGUCCUGGCCGACGACAUGAUGCUGCAGGACCUGGCCCGAGGCUUGAAGAAAUCCAGCUCCUUCAGCAAGUUCUUGAGCGCCUCGCCCAUGGCUCCGCGUAAAAAGACAAAGAUCCGCGGUAGCCUGCCAGCCUUCUCCGACGUCUCCCGUCGACCUGCUCCGGGGCCUUCAGCUGGUCUAGUGCCCAGUCUGCCUCCCACAACCUGACGGUCCCCGGGGCUGUGGCCUGGUUGAUCUAACCGGACCUCCCCCCUACAGUUUAAGCCUACCCAAGGCUGGGGCCCGACACCGCCAGCCCCAUGCUGCUUUCAGCUUCGUCCACUGCGGCCUGUUUUACCCCAAUGGGCCUGUGCCUCCAGAGUCUGCCUAAAGCUUGACCUGUCUCCAGAGACUCCACAUCUCACUGAGAUCUGGCAUCUUCUCUUAUGAAGAACUCCAGAAGUCAGGCCUGAAUUCUGGAGGAGACUUGCAAUUUAGGGUUGAAGGUUAAGGGGCAGCAGCUGGUCUGGCCCCUGAAAGCCUUGGUAUCUACACGGCCCCAAGCCGGAACUAGAGCAAGGGUCUCUUUAAAUGUUGGAAGGUUUUAGAUUGUUUGCCAGCUUUAAGAUAAUGUGGUGGUCUUGUAAUUUGAUGCUUUUAUUCUGUUUUUAAAUUGAAAUGAGGUAAAGCAACUUUCAUAAUAACCUUUUGAAAUUAUAUUUUUCCACUCUUAGGCAAAAUGCUCAUUUUCAAUUUUUUGCUAAAUAUUUUGGAAUUCCAUUUAAAAAAUAGAUUAUCAAGAUCUAAAGAAAAUUAGUCCCAACCAACAAACUUAAAAUUUAUCUACCUCAUUUUAGGUAAUCAAGAUUCUAGAGAGUCUUGAAUGCAGAAUAACUAUUGUGACCAUUAUGAAUGUAAUUAAGUUGUACUGUGAAUGCUAAAUAUUUGGAAACAAGUGCAUCUUUGGAGUAAAGGUGACAAAGAGAAAAGAAACAUUUUGGCAAAUAUUUUAAAUUUGUGGUUGUCUUCAUAGUGAAAUAUAAACGUGUGUUUGGCACUGGUAGGUGGCCAUUUGAUUUGGCACAAAUAAUUUUUUUAAAUUGUGAUCUGUGAAUUGUACUUUUGUACCAUGUUUCUGAGUCUGUGGUUUUCAAAUCCAGCUUAGCCUUUCAGUGCAAUAGGUGAAUAUUCAAAGAAAAAAAUUUCAUAGCAUUACACCAGAAAAAUAUCUGAUUAAAUAGUAAUGGAUACAAUUAGGGAGCAACCACUUUAUAUGAAAGUUCUGUGCAAACAAAAAGCAUGUGAUAUCCAUUAAAAAAAACUUGAAAGCAGACAACUUAUUCCAAAAUAGCAAAAGCAGAUUCUCUUUGCUCAGUGAACUUGGAUGAGUGGCUCAACUUCCCUGAUCCUUUUUUCCUAAAUGGAAGUUGAGGUUGUGAUAUUGCCAAGAUUUCCCAGGUUGAACACGGUGUAAUUAUAAUGCAUUUUUUUUCUGUUUUAAAGAUGUGGAAUUCCUUUGCUCAACCAGCCUUUUUUCUAUCAUAUUGUGAGAUGCUCUACUUUUUCAAAUUGUGUUUGCAUGUCAUUAGUUAUAUCAAAUAGUUUUUGUGGCACAGGGUAGUGGGCCAUUUUCCCCUGGUAUAUAUAGUGAAGGCUUUGAAAUUAUUUAAGUCCUUCAUGGAAUGUUUUGAUUUAAGAAAUGAAAUAAACAGUCCUCCAUUUGUUCCUG